GGGAGUUUUGGCCAAUCGGAUUGCAGUGGAUUCACCGAGACGCGGAGUGACGCCACUGCUUCGGGUUCUAUCUUUUCACGUCGAUAUUCUCUCUCUGGCCUUUGCGACUCGCCUGGCAAACAGUGCUGCCGCAAAAGCUCCUCCAGCUCAUGAGCGCGGAACUCGCCUUAAGCCGAAAAUCCGAGAUAUUGUAUCCCCUGUUGAGCCCGUAAUUCGACACGGUGGCGAGCAUCCUGUGGACAGAACGGGCGACUCGGUCGAGGGACGCCGCACCACGAAGUGCUUCAGACCCCUCGGGUCCCAGCGUCAUGACCCAGCCUUCCUCCUUACCACCUCUAACCCCCCAGCUCUGCUUCUCGACGACCGCUCUUCGGGACUUUCUCCGACUAUCACGAAGUGCCGUUGACGACACUAUCAAUCAGAAAUUGAAUGCACUGGAGACGCCGGCUAAGGCAGGGUUCGACCCAACGUCAACGACUCGAUUCGGUCCCCAACCGCUCUCGCACCAGAUAGACGCAGCGGCGUGCAAUGCGUUCAAGGACAAGGUGCUCUUCCCCUCGUGGCAAACCAGAUCCGAUGUCAUAAGCUACUGCUCGUUGGUCGCCACGAGCCCGGAUCCCGACGACCCAGAGAGAGCGCUGAGAGAAGCCGAGAACGAAAGGAAUCGGGAGCGUGUUAUUGAUGAGAGAUUAGAUCCGUACUCGGCGCGCUACUUCCCGCGCGAGGCCCGAACCGAGCAGCUGGCUCAUAUUCUUCGGCAGGAAAUGGGGGUAGAAAACAUUGUGCGACGCAGGACCUGGGAUGUGAUCCAACGGAGAUGUGGUGGCUCAACCGACAUGGCUUGGGAGCAGGCCUUGGAGAGCUGGCGGGGGGCAAAGAAUACUUCUCACGAAAGUCGCUGACACGUCUUGCAUGCACCCCCGGUUCGGGUUUUGCUGAUCGACCCUGGACCUGUACGUCACGGCGCAGCUACACGUAUGUGGUUCAAAAAGGUCUCCGGUUCUCGAAACUCGCUUCGGCACUGGAAAAAAUAUACCGGGCAUAGUAAGAUAUAAUGUACAAUAAUCGCAACCUAGGUACUGCAGGACGCCCGGCCCUUUGCCCCUCUCCCCCGGUGUGCCAAGCCAGCCUGGAGCUCAACUUUCAUGACGGAUUCGGCGGCCAGGUUCAUGGUGGGGCUGGCGACCGCCUUUGCUGCCAAGCGUGAAAGUACGUUCUCGGUGCCGCUUCCAAUCUGCAAAUUGCAAGCAACACCACAUUGACUCAGCUGGUGCGC